AUGACUGUAUCAAGGUUAGAAAAUGCGCUUUCCUAUCAUGUACGUUGUUUACUUCCUCAACUCUUAUCUCAUGAACGCUCUCACAAAUUAGCAUACGUUUUUUCACUCGUUUCUGCCAUUUCAUCAGGUUUCAUUGCACUAAUAACCCUUUAUGCACAACCAUGGCAAUCACAUCUGAAAUAUAAUGCUUGGCAGAUCAAUUUAAUUGUCAGUGUAGCCAAUCUGGGGGUUUAUUUGGUUCCACCACUUUUAGGUAUAUUUGCAGAUGCACAUGGACCAAUUUUAUUGAGUUCAUUGGCAACAGUUGGAUUUGUGCCGAGUUAUUCCAUCUUGUCAUACCUCUUUAAUCAUCCUGAGAUUGAUACCAUAACUUCAUUUCACUGGUCUAUUGGUUGCUUUUGUCUAAUUGGCGCUUCCACAAGUGCAUUAUUCUUUAGCUCACUUUUAACUUGCGCUAAACUGUAUCCAGAGACGAAACUGUUGUCAAUAAGUUUGCCCACGACCUGUUUUGGGCUAUCGUCAUUUUUGGUCUCACAACUUUUGCAACUAGAUUGGUUUUGGUACACAAAUCGUCAGUAUUUAGAUCUGGGUAGGGUUUUUGGUACAUUUGCGGGCAUAUAUGCAAGUGUUGGUGCACUGGCAUGGAUAGCUACUGCAAGAGUCAGCAUGAUGCAAUUUAAGCAGAAUGAUGCCGAGGAUGAUGAAGAUGAUGAGAACGAGCCGUUAUUGUCUUCGCAUUUGUCAAUACCACCAAAUCAACGCUCUUUCUUCAAGGAUAUUGCAGGUUACCUCUUCGCCCUCUCAUUAAUGUUAGCAUUAGGACCACUAGAGAUGAUGACUGCUGACAUUGGCGUUGUUGCCAAUUUAGUCUUCCCCCAUUUUCCAACGCUGUCUAGUGAGCUGGUCUCCGUUUAUGCAUUUUAUUCCACGAUAACAAGGUUACUAACUGGUGUGGUAACCGAUUGGUUCACCAGAAAGAAUUGGUCACCCAAGUGGAUUCUUCUAGGUUUCUUAUCCACGGGACUUUUAUUACAAUUGGGACUAUGGUGGUUAGUAGUGACGCCAAGUGUGGGUCGCAUACAUGCUUUGGGUAUGAGUUCGUUAUUGGGGAUAGUCUAUGGUGGAUCAUUCACCAUCGUCCCCACUGUAGUAAUGAUAGUUUGGGGUGAACAACUAUUUGGAACAGCUUAUGGGUCCAUGAUGGUAGCACCGGCAAUAGGGACACUUUCAACGUGCAUGGCAUUCGCUAAAGUUUAUGAUUCUAAUUGUGCUGUUGGUCAAAAUGGUUCAUAUUGUAUUUCGCCUGUCUUUAAAAUGACAUCGCUACAGUUCUUGUGUUCCAUCUUCUUUAUUUGCUGUUUGUUUAGGAUCUGGUCAAAAAGAAAAGUCAAUAUAUAG